AUGGCAACAACUCGAGCAGCAACAUGUAAGUGCUUCUUUCUUUCUUUUUUUGUUGGUAAAUGAUAGCUCCAAAAAAAGUGGGGCGGAGCCGGCGGCGGGAGGUGGGCGUGGCCUAUUUUUUGUGUGUGCAAGAUUUUUGGGUCAAAAAUUUUAGUCUAUUUUAUUUCUAAACAAACAAAAAAUAAAUGAAAUCUGAAAUCUUAUGGCUUUUUUAUUGAAAUAUUACACAUGUGGGUUAUAAUAAAUUUUCCAGAGUUUUCUAAAAAAAAAAGAAUUUUUGCAGUUUCCGCCAAAAUCCGAACACUCUCGGAGUUUCAAAUCAGGCUAUCCACAAAUCAACAACCACCUUCGAAUGCUGAAAUUAUCACAACUCUUCGAUAUUUUCAACAAACCUUGAUUGGGUAUGUUUGGGGGGUGGGUGGAAUUUUUCCUAGUCAACGUUUUCUUAAAAAUUUUCCCGCCACAUAAAAAAUUCCAUGAUUUAAAAGACCGUGUCUAGCCAAAAUAUUGAAAAAUGUUCAUAUUUUUGAUUUAUAUUCUGGCUUUUCGAGAUGUUUUGGGGGAUUUUGAGGAACUUGAAUCUGGAAAUUAUGAACCGCGAAACAAAAUUCAAAAAAUUCUUAAAUCUCCUCGAAGAAAAACUUGAUGGAAAACAGAAAAAUCUUUUGGAUUAUGUAAUUGAUGGCAAACACGAUGUUGUUAUAACUUGUAAGGGUGAUAAACCUAAUUAUACGUACUAUAACAAUAACGAUCCAGAGAGAAGCGAAACAUUUCAAAAUGCCUCUGUUUCUUGGGCAAGAAAAGAAGAAAACGAAGGUAAAAUAAUAUAUAGUUUUGAAUGGGUUAACGCAAAGAAAUCUCGAUUUUUGGGAGUGAUUCAUGAGACGGAUAGAAUGCGAUUGUAUUCAUUGAACACUUAUAAAUGUGCCUACCACAAAUCAGAUGCUAAAAUACAAUUGGAUUCGAGGACUGAGAAAGAGGCCGAAAAAUUGAUGAAAUCUGUAACAAAGACUUCGGAGAACUUUGAAUUUGAUUUCUGCAAUGAGAAAGGGGCUUAUUAUAGCAGAGUAGAAUCAAGGAUUCUUGGUUUAUCGAAAGAAAUCAAGAAUGCUAUCUAUAUUGAAAGAGAUGGGGGAGAUGCAUAUUAUCAAAUAUUAAUAAAAAUCGGUCAAGCGCAUUUUUAUCAAAUGGAAUAUUCGAUAAAUAGAAAAGAAUUGACAAAAGGUAGAGAAAUCAAUUGCACAGAAGAGAAUAGUCAAGUAGAUCAAGAGUAUCAGGAAAGUAUAUCAAAGAAUAUAUCAAAGAGUAUUGAGAUAAAUGAAGAGUAUCUGAAAAAAGUGGAAGUUCUUGAUGAGGAAAAUUUUGUUGUGUAUCCGAAAAAUCUUCUUGAUAAAGAAUAUGAAGAAUUGACGUAUAAAAAAUAUGAGCCGGUUAUGACGAUUCAGAGACAAAUUGAUAUUAUCAAUGAGCGGGUUGUUAACCAGAAAGGGAAAAUGUUGGAGCUUAUGGUAGAUGGAACUCAUGUGAUGAAACAUUAUCCAUAUCGAACAUGUUAUAAAAGAGAAAAAGUGAAUUUCGAAUUCUUCAACGAUAAUAUCAAUAGAUACGUUUUGCAAAAUUCGAAAGUGAAUUGGGUGACCGAUGCGAUUGAAGACAACGAGGAGUUUUAUUUUUUUGAAAUGAGUCGAGUAUAUUUUAGCCAUGUUUGGCAUUAUACGGGAUAUUUUAAGAAAUCAGACAUGAAAUUAUACUGGUUGACACCUUAUAUUUGUACCAAUACUACGGCUGAAGUUAAAUAUAAUGGAGAGAGGAUUAAGGAAGCGAAGGUAUUCUUGAAGAAAUCAAAUCUAGCAAAAGAUUUCAAAUGCAAUAUUUGUGAGAAAUAUUACCAGGCUAGAAUUGCUAAUUAUAAUAAAAUGCCCAAAGAUCGUCCUUUAGCUUUGGAUCUUAGCAAUUUCUAUAAAGUUUUUGGACAAUUCAACGCAAAAUAUAUCGCAGAUGCUGUUCGAUUCACCAAAAAUGGGAAAGAGUUUAUACAAUUCGAGUAUCACUUUGCUUUGGCUCAUGAAGUAUUCUACUUUGAAAUAUCAGUUGAUGAUAAGGAAAUUGUCAGAGGAAAAAUGGCUAAUUGCUGA